AGUACACUAUCUGCAUCCUAUCUCUUACGUACAUCUAUGUGCACAGAAAUGCUUGCAGAAAAGGCCAAACAGAAAUAUCCAUUACUGAAAUAGCCAGACUAGAUGUCAUUUGGAUCAAGGGAAAAACAAUACAUGAUUAUCAGGCUGAGAAUUCAGUACAAGGUACGAAUUCAACAAAUUACUUCGUUUUUCAUCUGUGCAUUCUUUCAGCUUGGAAGAAGUAAAACUAAUGGUUCGCAUGCCGUCAUAGAUGAUGAUGAAUGGGUCAAACCAGUAACUCAGCCACGAACCACAAUGCCCACGAAGUGCUACAAGAUAGUGGAAUCACAAACACACAUAGACAGGCACUUGCAAAACCGUGCUAUAAUUUCACUUCUUCUUCUUUGAGAAAGAUGGUGAUGUGUUGGUUGUUGAAGGUUGCCAAUACUGCAUCUCUCAAGUUGUUCCACAUUAGUAAUGCCAUAAUUUGGUUCUACUAAAUGAUGUUUGCUUCUUAAUUGCAAUGUUCCUUGCAGGUGGAGGGUUACCCUCACUUAAGAGAAUCAAUGCAAGUGUAGAUGCUGGAAUGACUACUCCAUCUGUUCAGACCAUUGGUGCAUCCUAGAAGUGUGGAAUUAUCUGCUCUGCCCAUACAAUAAGAAAAGUUGGUAAUGGUAUGGCAGUCAGUGCUAGCACCAGCCUUUAUACACUUAAGAGCAAAAGAAAUUGGAACAUCUGCCUAAUAUCGUGUAGGGCACAAGCAAGCAUGCAGAAGUGCCACAGCAUGACAUGGCAUGAACUUGACUAAUGUCUGAAGUAGUGCUUGGGGGAAUUGACACCAUGAAGCCUGCAGGACUGUCCAUGAAUCUGUAAGAGUACAAGGGUUAACGAGUUUGGUGGCCAGCAGUAGUGUUUAAUCUCACAAGAUGUUCCUGGAGUCACUCUCAGACAUGUGGAGUGUUGCAUUGUCUUGUUGGAAUGGCCCAAGUCCGUCGGAAUGGAUGCAGGUGGUCAGACAUGAUGCUUGUGUAAGUGUCAUGGAUCAGAGUCAUAUCUAGAUGUGUCUAGGGUCCCAUAUCACUUGAAUUGCACAUGUCACACACCAUUACAGAGCCUUCACGGGUUCAUGAGGUUGUCUCCAUAUGUCCAUCCACUCGAUAUUGAAACAAUACUUGUCUGACCAGGCAACAUGUUUCCAGUCAUCUACAAUUCAAUGUCAAUGUUGACAAGCCCAGGUAAGGCAUAAAGUUUUGUGUCGUGCAGUCAUCAAGGGUGCACGAGUGGCCCUUUGGCUCUGAAAGCCCAUAUUGAUGAAUGGCUCGCAUGCUAACACUUGUUGAUGGCCCAGCAUUAAAAUCUGCAUAAUUCAUGUUGAACGAUUCUCUUCAGUCAUCGUUGGUCCUGUUCUUGCAGAAUCAUUUUCUAGCCGCAGCAAUGUCGGAGAUUUGAUGUUUCACCGGAUUCCUGAUAUUCACGGUACACUUGUAAAAUGGUCAUAAAGGAAAAUCCCCACUUCAUCACUACCUCGGGGAUGAUGUGUCUCAUGGCUUGUGCGCUGACAAUAACACCAUGUUCAAACUCACUUAAAUCUUGAUAACCUGCCACUGUAGCAGCAGUAAAGCACCUAACAACUGCACCAGAAACUUGUUGUCUUAUAUAGGCGUUGAUGACUGCAGCACCGUGUUCUGACUGUUUACAUCUCUCUGUAUUUGAAUACACAUGCCUGUACCACUUUCUUUGGUGCUUCAGUGUAUAUGAUCAAUUGUCUGGCAUUUGUGUCUUUCUCCGCUUCAGUAUUUUCUGCACACAGUAACAUCAGGUAAAGUUUUCAUGGUAUCCGUCCAGUGAUGUGAUGCUAUUUAGAACUGAGAAGUCUAUUUAGAACUGAGGAGUGUAAACUGACUGCAGUCACCAGUAUCCAUUUCACUUCAGUUGCACUUCAAGGUAAUUCUGUUCCCACAUUUGCUGGUUGGAUGGUCCAGAUACUGACAAAUAGGUUAUCUGUUUACAAAAGCCAAACUAAUGUUUUGGCAAUGGUGAGUUGUGCAGAUAUCUCUUGGGGGACUGGCAGCAGCUCUUGUAUAAAUGUCAUGCAGCAAGUGUCAGGACGCCUUAUUCAUGCCCAAGGCCAGCGAGCCUCUCCUUCAUUCAGCCUCCUUCGGAUAUGAGGUGCACUGUUGAUGGUAGCAGUUGGAUUGGUAAUAGCACUAAGAAAUAGCUUCACCAGAAAUGAACAUACCUACUCAAAAUAUUGUGCAUGUGAAACCUCAAUUAGAGUUUUUGUCUGCCUGAAAACUAUAAGAGCAAGUACUGACCAAACCAUCUACUGUGGAGUGAUAUGUAACAGUUUCCAUUGUGUUUGUCCAAUAUGCAGCUCACAGUAUAGUAAGCAAGUCCAAAACUUGGCUUUUUAUGGAAUGACAGAAUAAACAAAUCUGUUCAGAGUAUGAACAAAAUAAAAUGUAAAUGACAAAUGUUAAACUGUAGAAUGUACAACCGCAUCUGCUGCACCAGUUUCAGAGUUUCUUAAAAAAUACAAAUAACAUUAAGUACUCAGUAAGGAAAAGGCCAUUUUAAAGAUUGGCUGUACUGUUAUUGACCUUAAUGAAAUACCAAAUUCUUCAAUGCACACGGCAGAAACUAUUCAAAAGCUUUGUCUCAAUUAACAAACCAACAUUUCAGAAUUACCAGUGUCAGUUAAAUUUCCUUUGGUUGAAUGAGUAAUACUUAUUCCAAAAAGCAUGAUAUUUCAUCGGGUAAUAACAUUAACAAACAAAGCAAAACAAAACAUUUUCUAAGUAUAGAGUAAUCAACUAGCACAAAGCAACAAUUACCUAGCUGCAUUGCUAAUUUAUGAGAAAUGGUUGGUUGGUUGGUUGAUUUGGUGGAGGGAACCAAACAGCGAGGUCACUGGUCUCGUUGAAGUAGGGAAGGAUGGGAAAGAAAGUCAGUAUGCCCUUUCAAAGGAACCAUCCUGGCAUUUGCCUGAAGCAAUUUAGGAAAAUCAUGGAAAACCUAAAUCAGGAUAGCCAGAUGAGGGUUGGUUUGAACCGCCGUUCUCCCAAAUGCAAGUCCAGAGAGAUGAUUGCCUUCCAGCAGUUCAGAGAUAUAAUCAAGAUAUUACACUGUAGUGGAUGUCUUUAGAUAGCAAGGCAACAAGAAGCUGUAGCAAAAGGGAUGCUAUGAUGUCCAACUGUUCAUUUCUAGAAUGUGCUUGGGUGGGGAGGACCACAUGUGUGUGUAUUUCAUCUCUUGUUGCUCAAACCGUGUAUAUAUAAGCUGUCACUUUGCCGUUCUAUCCCUAAUAAACGACAAAUGUUCAAGAACAGUCUAUUUUCAUUUUACCACUGAAAUGAAUGUAAUGAUUUGCACCACUGAUAAUGUUACAUUCUGUCUAUAUGCAUUCCGCAUGUUUUCAUUAAACGCUGCCAUAUUGACUAUGCAGUGACUUAACCUAUGGUACAUAGUAACGUACAACCACUGGUAUUUCCAGUGAUGUUCAUGUUAUUAGUUUUAACAUUAUGUCUACAAAUACACUGACUGACAAAAAAAAGUCAAGCACCCAGAAGGGGAUUAGGAACCAGACUGAAAUUUCACGAGCAGAAAGAGCAUGCGUUGUUAUUUCAGUGAUUACAAAACAGACCUUUCCCAUGAAACUGGCAGAAGGACAUUUCAGUCCACCUGGCUUGGAUACAUCUACUAAUUUGACUGGGAAGGGUGUCAUAAAACUGUUGUAUUCUCUCCUGAAGCAAACUGGUUCUAACUGUCAUAACUGGUCCUCGAUACCCUGAAUAAUUGCACUGGUAUGGAGCUGACAUCCAAACUGGUCCCAUACAUGUUCUAAUGGGUAUGGAUUUAGCGAUAUUGCUAGCCACAGUAGUAUAUCAAUGUCACACUGUCAUUCUAUAGACACACAUUCAAUGUGUAGACGAACACUGUACUGUUGAAAAAUGACAUCACAAUACUGUCACAUGAGAGGUAACACACGAGGAUGAAGUAGCUCUGUGAUGUAUGUUGUGCCCUCAGAGUUCCCUGCAUCACUACCAGCCAUGACCUCAAGUCACAACCAAUGUCUCCCUGCACCACAACCAGUGAAAAUUCUCUGCACAUCUCUGGAAGAUUGGGAGGACUGGACCACUCCCCUCAUCACCUCCAUAUUUGCCAACAAUGGUCAUAAGGCGUAAUGCAAAAGCACAAAUCAUCUCCGAGCACCAUGUGACACUACUCAUCAGCAGUCCAUGCUUCUCGAUCAAGGCAACACUCCAAUACCAACUAUUUGUAUUGUGGUGGUAAUGGCACCCUAUUCACAGGUUGGUAAUUCCAUGGUCCAAUUGCUGCUAGUCUUCAACAAAUGGUGCAGCACAGUGCACAAUGCUGCACAGAGUUCAUCACUUAUUCUCGGAUGGCAGGCAUAGUCGCGAAGCCGUUGGUGCAAAACAUGGUGAUCCUCCCUUGUGGUCAUCAGAUGUGGUGGACCAGAAGCUUGGCAGUAAGUUAUUUCUGCUCUCACAUUUCCACACAGUCCUACAUCAGGCCACUGUCACAUUUAAUGCCCCACAAAUCUUGAUAUGCACAAUUCAACCAGCCUGCCAAAUGGAAUCCCUCAAUGAUGCCUCUUUCAAACAGUCAGGUGUUAAUAAUAUUCUCUCACAUGCUAUGUCAGUGGCCUUUGGAGUCAUCAUUCAAAACCUGACACAAUGUUCCCUUAUAUACCUCACCAGGUUUGGUGACAGCACUGAACAUUAACAACACUAAUGAAACCUGUUGGCUGCCUUACCUUUUUCACAGAAUUGCAACUCUAAUCAUCUAUAUACAUCCCACUGGUGCGUAGAUGUACAAAGUUACACUCACAUCAGACCAUGUCUCUUUGGUGCUUUACUUUUUUUUCUCAGGCAGGAAACAAAGCAGUUGUGCAUCCACCAUUAUGAGCUACACAUUUAUCAGUGUCUUGAUGCUUACACUGUACCAGUUAGUCAGAGCAAAUAAGAUUACAGAAAAGGUGCACUGAUAGUUAUAUUACAUAGAUAAGUGUUGAUGAAUUCUCAACUUCUAUUUUAAAUGCAUACUUACUAGCAAAUAUAUGUGCCUUUUUAAUGCACACUGCUCAACAAUAUACACUCUCAAAUAGUUACAGAUGUAACUCUUCAUAAUUUUACUUUAUUAAUUUUCAUUUGUUGUAAUUGCUGUCUACAGAGAACGAACUACAUUUAUAUGAUGGAUAACAAUUUUGAUUGUUCAAAAUCACAUCUCUCUUCAUAGCUAAAUUUUUAUGUUAAAUACAGAUAAAGUGUGUCAUUUAUCAUUAAUUUCUGAGAAAAAAAUUGAAAUAUACAAAUACAUUAUAAUGCUACAAUUGUAUAGUUACAGUACACACUGGUUAUUGUCCUAUGUUCUGCUAUUUGUAUUCUGGUCUUAGAAAUUAUACUUUCUCAAGUUUAAGAAAAGCAGAAAAUAUGUGCAGUUACAUAAAGCACAGGAAGUAUAAAAUAGCCUUUACUAAAUACUACAAAACUGAUACACCCUCACUGUUUUAAAACAUACUAAGAAAUGUAAUACAAUGUGUGUGAAGAAUUUGAUACCAUUAUUAACACUGAAAUAGACAAUAUCCAAAACCCUUUUCAUGAGUAGUACUUCUUAGCCUAUGUAAAUGGUAUAAUUUAUCAUGCAGUAUUAUUUAAAUGGUAGGCUGCUACUCAGCAUGUAGAGGAGAUGUUGAAUCACAUACAGGCACAACAAAAAGACUGCCCCAAACGAGAGUUUUUGCUCAAAAGGCUUUCUUCUCAACUAGAUGACACAAACAUGUUAAUGAAUGAGUGUGUGUUGUCUACUUUAGUGGAAGCCCUUUUGGCUGGAAACUCUCAUGUUUAGCAGUCUUUUUGUUCGGCCUUCUGUGAAUCAACAUCUCCUCUAUAUGGUGAGUAUCAAUCCAUUCUUCUUCAUCAUAAUGCCAUUAUUUCAUCCAGGGUUUUGAAUUGUUUGGUACUUAUUCAUACUGAAUUGAUACUGAAUUUUCAGUACAGAGAGGUCUGCACAAUAAAGCAGCCUAAUGAUUUAAAAUAUUUUGCACAAAAUGCAUCAUUUAGCAACUUUGAAAAACUUACAGAAAGAUAGAAAUACCAGAAGUGCUCUGUCACAAAUUUUUAAUUACUUCAUUCCAUUAGGUACAGCUUACACUGAAUUACUUCCAGAAGUGUAUUCUAUUAUUAUUUUUGAAUGAGUAAUGUUCCUAUCAAGUCUUCAAACUUCCUUGCUCUGCUUAAUAAACAAGAAUGUUUUCAUAUUCUAAUGUCACAACAAUCACUCAGUAACAUAGCAUUCAUGUUUUAGCUGUCUGUAGAACAGUAAUCUUCAACAAAACAAAAUAAAGAACCUGAAAAAGUCAUACCAAUUAUUGUGUAGAUACAGUGUCAGUAAAAAUUUAAAUGUUAUAUUCUUCAUCACCUAGUUCUCUUUAUUCAUCUUUUCACACUUUUACAGUUUCAGAAAAAAAACUUAUUAUUUUAACAAUCAUGUCUCAGUCCAGCUGUGUAGCACUAAUGAAGUGCUGUACCUAAACUACGCCAAAGUCCUUAAUAUUUCAAGCCUCACAAGCUUGGAGAAAUGAAGUCUUGAAGCAGACCCAGGUGGUAAAAUUUUCCAUUGGAAAUCAGUUCGAGAUCUGUCAUCCAUAUGAUCUGCAUCAGUUUUCAAAAGAUCAGGUAGGAAAACAAGAGGUGCAAUGGUAGUAGCUUACAUUUUCAUAUUUUUGCCAGUUGAUGAGAAAGAGGCUGUCAAACUGACCACUGGGUUUAUGAAAAUUAUUUAAAUUACCGUUCAUUUAAAAUGUUAGUGGAUUGUUCUGGCAGAAUGCAAAUACUUGUGGGUUAAAGGAGUCCACUCACCAAAAAAGCAGAAGAUGGCGGCAAGUAUACAUGUAGUUUCAAAUCGCUCAGUAAUUUGUGAUCGUAUUUCAUCAGUGAAGUGUACCACAUGCCAUAAAAUUGUGUUAAAUGGAUUAAGAAUUUGCGUGUUCGAUCAUAAGUGGUGCCAUACCCAUUUUUUCUCAUGAUUGGAAGUUCUAAAUAAGUGCGACUGCGGUAUGGAAUGCAACAGGCGGGACAAUGCCACUGAAAUGCACAGGGUAGGUUUGCAAGUGAAUGUAGAGAACGAACUUAGGAAAGAACUCGAUUAUAUUAUAAAAUACGCAAAAACACUUAAAAACGUGGUAACAAGUGUGAGAAAUUCCUCAAAAUCUAGCCUACAAGAGUUCUCAAAUACCAGUCAAAUAAGCAGCACACGACCAAAAACAAAAACAGCGGAACUUAGCUUAAAACUAAGUAAUAGGUUUAGUGUGCUUGAAAAUAGCACAGAGGAGAAAGAACAAUCAAAUUGUACCCUCAUCCACACAGACAGUUCAGUGAUCAACACUAAAUUGCACUCACAAAGCAAAACAAAUCGGCCUACUAUUUGUAAACAAAACAAAAACACACGUUGGAAAAUAGACAUGAAAUCCUUAUUCUAGCAGACAGCCAUAGAAGAGGUGUAGCCGAAAUUGUGCUACAACAGUUUUAAAGCAAGUAAUUUGUAAAAUGCCUGAAGUGAAAUUUUUUAUUGUCAGUAUCCCUCAUAGGUAUGAUCUCAUGGAAAACUCUUGCGUGAAUACUGAGAUUAUUACCGCCAACAGACUUUUCACUAAGAUAUGUCGAGGUUAUCCUAAUGCUACAUAUGUUAGGAUAAAUAGUGAUUGCAGAGAGCUUCUUUCCCUUUCAUGCUUCUGUGAAGUCCAUGCUCUGUAAAAUGCUAUGAGUGCUGAAAUAUCGAAUGCUAUUAAAGACUCUAAAGUAGAACGAAACACUAUAACACUGUCUGAAAACGGCCUUAUUACAGUAUCAAUAUUAGUGAAAAUAGGAAGAGCUGAUGUACCACGACCAUUGGUAGCAACAGUUUGAUGUUAGGCCGGUAUUACACUAUCAAAUUUCUUUGUCCAAUAUCUUUGUCAAAGAUAUUUGAUAGUGUAAUAAGGAAAUUUGACAAAUGUCGUCCAAUAUUUGAUCAAAUCUAGGGCGAGGCCGUAUAUUUGAUCAAAGAAAUCGCCUGUCUUCUGUUCAUUGCAAUGCGAUAUGUUACCACGCGGAGCGCCAGCAUCGCUGGAGCGUUCUGUCAUCUUUUGUGUUUGUAAACAUGGCUGCUAAAUAUAGUUGGUGUGUGGCGUCUACCACAAAAUUAAUUGAAAUGUACGAGGCGGAUGAAGCGCUUUACAAUGUGAGGCACCCUGAUUACAAAAACAGAUUACGAAGAUUGGAGAGCUAUAAAAAUAUAGCAGAGAUCAUUAGCAGUGACAUAAGGCCUGGAUGUAUGGCCGAGGACAUAAAGAAGAAGAUAAAUGGCCUCCGCACUAACUACUCGUACGAGAAAGCAAAAAUGCAUAAAAGCAAAAGUGGAGCCAGUACACAGGCGGCGUACACACCACAAGUGUACUGGUUUCAAAUGCUCAAAUUUCUCGACCAAGCAACCGAGGCACACAAGAGUGUGUGUAAUCUAGAGAGUACGGAAAGUGAGAGUGAACGUGCCACACCCACGUUUGAGGAAAUGUUUGAGCAUGAGAUGCGAGAGCCUGUCGCAUGCAGCGAGGCACAGCCACAGCCCCAGCGUCAAGAGCGGCCUCCCACUAAAAGAAGGAAAGUCACGCCAGACGUGGCAACAAACGUCAUGGAGGAGGCCAGCAGAACACUUAAGGCUAUGGCUGAUGCUGCCAGAACCAUGACUGUCCAUGAAGACCGCUACAGCACCCUUGGCGCCCACAUCGCAGCAGAACUGCGUGAAAUGGAGAAAGUGGGCGGCAGGGAAUACACCACUGCCACUAUGCACGGUCUGGAGUGGACAUUAAUGGACAGGUGGGAUUUUCUGCAUGCGACAGCCCGUACACAACCGUCGACCCAGGAUAUAUCCAGGCUGCCUUGCAACAGGCUGGAAUAGAGGAAGAUGAUUCUAUUCUUUAAAUAUGUAUGCAUAUAAUUUUUGUAUCUCUCCAAUCUUUGUAAUCUGUUUUUAUAAUCAGGGUGCCUCACAUUGUAAAGCGUCUCAUCCGCUUCAUACAUCUCUCUUUUAUUUUAGUUACAUAUCAAAUUACAAUGGAUGUGUGAUACCACAAAAUUAAUAAAUAAAAUAAUAACAAUUUAUCUUCAUGGGCAU